AUGGCUGAAUCCAGCCCAGAUCCGCAAAUAUCCCCAGAGCAUUCUGCUCCUACAUCCCCCACGUUCGUUAGACCACCUAGCUCAGCGCAACGCUUCUCAAAAGCCCGGGCCAGCUCGCGCGACGACUUUGAAGAGUCGUCGAGACCUGGCAAGAGACCCAAGCUCGAAAGCCCUCUCAUGACCGCCGCAGCCGCUUUCGCUGAGGCACAACAGCAUACAUCUCCAUCUAAGCUUCCGCCGACAUCUGGGACAAGUCCGAACCCGCCUCACGAAGCCCGAAACGCGCUCAUGGGCGCAAAUCAGAAUGUGACGAGCAAAGCCCCCGAGCCGAUGUCUGACAUCCCUUCCGAUCCCGCAACCACCGUCAGCGAACCACUAGCCAUCGUUGCAGAAAAUAUUCAGCAACCGACUGGGUCUGUUCCGGAAGGCUCUGUUUCUGGAGACAACCAUGCAGCGCUAACCAGCCCCACGAGUAUGUCGAGUGGCGGGACGCUGGGAACCCUAGAAGGCAUGCCAGCCGUCUCGGGAAUGACCACCACAGUGGGUAGUCCGCUUGCGCUCGAAGAAACAGUCCGUCAGGUCGUGAAUGCAGAGGCAGGCUCUACCUCUCCCGGCGGUGUUGCAAAGUUGGGGGCGCUCUCGUAUCCGACCCCAUUCUUACAACCACAAGGAGCGGAAAACGCUGCUAGACGAGGGAUGAGCUUGCCUCAUUCCGGUACACGACAAGGUACAAAAUCUCCUUCCAGCAAAAAGCACAGAUGCCCCUACUGCGCGACCGAAUUUACUCGUCAUCACAAUCUGAAGAGCCAUCUGUUAACACAUAGCCAAGAAAAACCCUACGUCUGCUCGACCUGCUCCUCGCGCUUCCGGCGACUCCACGACCUCAAGCGACACACCAAGCUUCACACCGGCGAAAGACCCCAUAUUUGCCCCAAAUGUGGCCGCAAGUUUGCCCGGGGCGAUGCUUUGGCCCGCCAUAACAAAGGGCCGGGAGGUUGUGCCGGACGGAGAUCCAGCAUGGGCAGUUUUGGUGGGGAGGAAGAGGCUGACGCGGACGAAUCGAUGGAGGGCGUGGUGUACGGCGAACCUGAACCUCUCGAGGAUGAAGAGGGCAAUGACAAACGACCGGGUAUCCGCCGACAAGCACCCUCGGGAGACGACACGCUGGACGACCCUGCUCAUACAUCUCGCAUUCCGAGUACAUAUCCUCCGAUACAGGGCCGCCCUCCUGGAGGGAUCGCCAGUGGUCAGUAUCCCCCUCGGUCUGGGUUCAACCAACAAGGUGCGGGUCCCAGCAAUGCCCCCGUGCCUUCACCUGCAGCAAUGCCAUUCCCCCCCAUGUCUGGGUCAUCCUCCAGCUCGCGGCCCUCGGCUCCAGGCACCGUCUACCCGCAGAAUCCCAUGACAGAGAGCCCAAAGCCGCUUUCGCCUGGUCAAAUGCAGAGGGGUGGCCAGGUUUCUGGAGGUGAUGGCAGCAUCGGUCGGAACCGUUCGCCCAGCACGACCUUUUAUCCACAACCGCACGCCCGGUCUGGCGGAGGUUCGGGUUCCUCUCUGGGUGUCCCUUCGAGCGGUCCACAGUUACCACCUCCCCAUGUGCUGAACCCGCCGGAUGCGAGGUAUACGCUGCCCAGUCAAGGUGGGCCGGCGCAUCCUCCUACUCAGCCUAGCGGACCGCCUACCCACAUGAGUGGCAGUGGUCCUUUAUCGUCACACAGCAACAGUCUAUCGAGUCACGGUCAUUCCGGACAUGGCAGUGGAGAAACGUCCAAGGCCAUGUUUGCGCAAGAGGAACGGCUCUGGGCAUACGUGACGAGCCUCGAGCAACGGAUCAACAACAUGCAGGAGGAGAUUAAUUCAUUGAAGCAACAAUUGGCCAGCGCCACACAGCAACAACAGCAACGGGUUUGA